AUGGAAGCUGUUGCGAGGAGCGUCGCUCAAGCGACGCAAGUUGCCUCGACGCAACUGGCCGGGGCGAGGGCAAUCGCUGAGCCCCUUGUAGCUACCACUGGCGGUGCUGUUCUCAAGGCUGCCGAGGAGCUCGGAAAAGGCGCCGUGGAACACAUAAAAGAUCAUCCCAUCCAAGCCGUCGCCAUGGCUGGGGGUGUGGUCCUUAUGGCCAGUCCCGCAGGCAUUGCGCUACCCGUCCUUAACGUUGUUGGAUUUGGUUCUGGGGGCGUUGCCGCCGGUUCCAUUGCUGCUAGUAUCCAAAGUGGGAUCGGCAGCGUUGUAGGAGGAAGCGCUUUCGCUGUUUGCCAGAGCGCGGCCGCUGGAGGGGCGGGCGCGGCCGCUGUGAAUGGAGUCGUGGCGGGUGCGGGAGCUGCAGUGUCGGCUGCCGCUGUGGGUGGAAGGUUCUUGGUGUCGAAGCUCUCGCGAGGAGGCUUGUAA